CCGAAAACCAAAAUUGACAGUGAAAUUGUAAGUCAAAGAAAAUUUUGCGGAAUAUCCUUAACUGUUAUCUUUUGUGCGGAGAAAAAUUUAACUACAAUGGCUGUCGCUUUACCGAUGGAAUCCAACCCUGAGGUGAUGAACAAGUACCUCCAAAAGCUAGGCGUAUCGAGUAAAUGGAAGAUGGUCGAUGUUCUAGGUUUGGAGAAAGAUGCUCUUCAAUGGGUCCCACGUCCGGUCCUUGCUGUUCUUCUUCUAUUUCCCCUUUCAGAAAGUUACGAACAGCACCGCUCUCAAGAGGAAAUCGAGCUAAGAAGCAAAGCCCAGGAAGUCAACGAUGUGUUCCACCUUAGACAAGUACUUAGCAAUGUAUGUGGAACAAUAGCACUAGUUCAUAGUGUGGCCAACAAUGCACAUACGAUUGAAAUAGAAGAAGGCCCAUUGAAAAGGUUCUUGAAUGACGCUAAAGGUCUUGAUGCAGCGGCCAAAGGAGCUCUACUAGAGAACUCUGCUGCUCUGCUUGAUGCAUACAAAGACUUGGUAGGAGGUGGUAAUGACGAAACCGAUGUCAAUGAAGCGUCUAAUCAUUUCGUAACUUUCAUCCAUAAGGAUGGAAAGUUAUUCGAAUUGUACGGCAGAAAAUCUUUUCCAAUAGAACAUGGUGCUACAACACCAGAAACGUUUUUGGAAGACGCUGCGAAAAUAUGUCGCGAAUUUAUCGCCAGAGAACCGGACAAUAUUGGGUUCAAUGUUAUUGCUCUCGUUUCUUCUGAGUAAUAUAUUUGAUGAUUAAUUUUAUUUGGUAGUGAAAUGUUCAUGAACACAAUUAGUUUCAUAAAAUAAAUAAGUUCUUUUAUG